AUGCCUGUUAUGAAAGGAUUAUUAGCGCCACAAAACACUUUCUUGGAUACCAUAGCAACGCGCUUUGAUGGGACACACAGUAACUUUAUUCUUGCAAACGCACAGGUGGCAAAGGGAUUCCCUAUAGUGUAUUGCUCAGAUGGCUUCUGUGAACUCACUGGGUUUGCUCGCACUGAAGUCAUGCAGAAGAGCUGUAGCUGUAAGUUUUUAUAUGGUGCUGAGACAAAUGAACAGGUGACACUUCAAAUCGAGAAAGGUUUGGACGAAAAGACAGAAUUUAAAGGAGAUAUCAUGUUUUACAGGAAAAAUGGUAAUUCUUUCUGGUGCCUACUUGAUGUUGUGCCAAUUAAAAAUGAAAAAGGAGACGUAGUUCUUUUUUUGGCAUCCUUCAAAGACAUCACUGUCACCAAAGUGAAGAUUGCCCAGGAAGAUAAAAAGGAAGAAAAAUACAAAGGAAGAGGGAAAGCAGGAACACACUUCAGUUCAGCUCGUCGACGAAGUCGAGCCGUCCUUUAUCACAUCUCUGGUCACCUACAAAAGCAAGAGAAAAGCAAGCUGAAGAUUAAUAAUAAUGUGUUUAGGAACCAACCAGCACUACCAGAAUACAAGGUUGCAGAUGCAAAAAAGUCAAAAUUCAUCCUUUUGCAUUACAGCACUUUUAAAGCAUUAUGGGACUGGCUAAUAUUAUUGGCAACGUUUUAUGUUGCUGUGACUGUACCAUAUAAUGUUUGUUUUAUUGGAAUCGAUGAAAACUUGCCUUCAGCAAGAAGCACAACAGUUAGUGACAUUUCAGUGGAAAUUCUGUUCAUCAUAGAUAUUAUUCUGAAUUUUCGAACGACAUAUGUCAGCAAGUCUGGACAAGUUAUUUUUGAAGCUCGUUCUAUUUGUAUUCAUUAUGUAACAACAUGGUUUAUCAUCGAUUUGGUAGCUGCGCUCCCUUUUGAUCUUCUCUAUGCUUUUAAUGUUAAUGUGGUCUCAAUUGUUCACCUUCUAAAAACAGUGCGCCUCUUACGUCUGUUGCGACUCUUGCAAAAGCUGGAUCGAUAUUCUCAGCACAGCACUAUCGUCCUAACCCUGUUGAUGUCCAUGUUUGCAUUGUUGGCUCACUGGAUGGCAUGCAUCUGGUAUGUUAUUGGCAAAAUUGAAAUGGAAGGGAAUGAUCCACUUACAUGGGACAUUGGCUGGCUGCAUGAAUUGGGAAAACGCCUUGAAACUCCAUAUUAUGACAAUAACACACUGGGAGGUCCUGGAAUCAGAAGUGCCUACAUUGCUGCUCUCUACUUCACGCUCAGCAGCCUGACCAGUGUCGGAUUUGGAAAUGUUUCUGCCAAUACCGAGGCAGAGAAGAUCUUUUCCAUCUGCACAAUGCUGAUAGGAGCAUUGAUGCAUGCAUUGGUAUUUGGGAAUGUAACUGCAAUCAUUCAGCGCAUGUACUCCAGGUGGUCUCUGUAUCACCACAGAAUCAAAGAUCUAAAAGAUUUCAUUCGAGUCCAUCAUCUGCCAAAGCAGCUCAAACAGCGAAUGCUUGAGUACUUCCAGACAACGUGGUCGGUCAACAAUGGAAUUGAUGCUAAUGAGCUUUUAAAGGAUUUUCCAGAUGAGCUGAGGGCAGACAUCACUAUGCACUUGAACAAGGAAAUUCUACAACUUUCUCUGUUUGCCUCUGCCAGCCGUGGCUGCCUUAGGUCUCUCUCUCUACACAUCAAAACCUCUUUCUGUGCUCCAGGCGAAUACCUCCUUCGACAGGGAGAUGCAUUGCAGGCCAUCUAUUUCGUCUGCUCAGGCUCCAUGGAAGUUCUUAAAGGUACCAUGGUGCUGGCCAUACUUGGUAAAGGUGACCUAAUUGGUGCAAAUCUUGCAAAUAAAGACCAAGUUAUCAAAACCAACUCAGAUGUUAAAGCUCUAACCUACUGCGACCUGCAAUGUAUCAAUCUGAAAGGUCUCUAUGAGGUGCUGGAGCUCUAUCCAGAAUAUUCUCAUAAAUUCAAGGAGGACAUUCAUCAUAAUCUCACUUAUAACCUCAGAGAGGGUCAUGAAAGUGAUGGUAUUUCAAGACUGUCCAACAAAUCGUAUACAAUGUCCCAGUCAGGUUCCAAUGGAAAUGGGAACCUAAGCCAGAAACUCACAUCUAUUGUAGAAGAUGAAGAGGAUGUGCAAGAAAUGGAUGAGACUACACCAUUAUCACAUGUUUCUACCAACGCUACGUACUACAAUCAAUCCUUGAAUUUUAACAAAACAACAAAUACCAGCAAUUUCCUAGCAGCUAACCAACAGCUCCUCUCAGGCCACAUAGACUUCCGGUCUCCCAUCAGGGGCUGCGGCGUCAUGAUCAGAAGCAGGCAAGAUCAUGAAUCUGUAAAUAUAAGGAGCAAGAAAAACAAAACCUUAAAACUGCAUCUCACUGCACUAAACUCGUAUGCUCCUCCUGAUCUCAGUCCAAGAAUUGUUGACGGCAUUGAAGACGAGAAAAGUUCAAUAGGAAACCAGAGAUUUGAGUUCUGCACUGAAAAUACAGGACAAGAAUCAUUCAAACUUAAACAUGCAAAAGACUUUGAUCAAGUUACACCUGCCAUGCUGGCUGCUAAAGCUGAAGAGACAAAGCAGCAAAUCAAAAAGCUGAAUGAUGAGAUGGGUAAUCUAACUCAAGAAGUGUCUCAAUUGGGCAAAGACCUACACAAUGUAGUGCAUCUUUUGGAAAGCCUUUUGACAGCACAGAAAAAUACACCUUUCUGGCCUGUUCAUGGUGCUCACAUGGCCCCAACAGUGGACAACUUGAAAGCAAGAAUGGCUUGGACAUCACAUCAGCCUUGUUUUCACAUGCAGCGUGGGACAGCCUCUUGCGCUGCCACAAACCCAUCACAAAACUCAACAGUGGCAGCAGACAUGUGGUCUUUGGAUUCAGGAAUCAAAUACAGUAACCCUCAAGGACCAGGAAUAAUUUCACAACAACCGAAGGAAAGUGAUCAUUACCACAUUCUGUCUACACCAGUCCAUUCUGAGCAUUGCCAGUCACCCCAAGGUGAUUGCUUACCGCGUGUUCGACGUAUGUCUCCGCAUUCUGACACCACGUUAACCCCUCUUCAAUCCAUGUCAGUGACCCUUUCAUCUUCGACAUGUUCAUCGCCUGAGAGAUCAAACCCACUAGCAUUCCCUUGCAAAUCUAAAGAGAGUAGCAGCUCCAACCUGGGCCCAAUCAGCUCAUCAGACCUCGGAAAUUCUCCAGAUUCCUGGGAACUUGAGGGGAUGUCAGGUAUCUCUUUAUCAAACAUGGCAGCUUCACCUAUGAAAGUUAUGACAGGUACUGACAAAUUUAAGAAUGACAGUGCCAUUAAUUUGUAA